AUGAUUUGUAAAAGAAAGCAUUAAAAAUCUGAAAAAUAAGUAGUUAAAAAAAACUAUUAAGAGAUGUAAUAUUUAUUUUAUAGAAAUUUUCUAAGUUAUUUAUCAUUAAGGAAAGGGAGAGCAACUCAAUUAGAGAAAAAAGGAAAUAUUAAUGAAAUUAAAAAUCAAAAAAUAAUAGUACUACCUAGAAGGGAAAUUACAGGAAAAUAAAAGAUAAUUAAGAGUAAAGUUAAAUAUAAUCUAUUAUGUAAGAAAACGAUUAUGGAAAUUUUAUUAUUGCAUAGAAUUAAAAGUAUAUAAUUUCUGAUUUCUAAUAAUUUAUGA